CUUUGGUACACAAAACAAACAGAAAAUAAUCUCACCAAAUUUGGACUUCUAAGUUAUAAGAGUGCUUUUUGCUAUUUUAUAACUCUACAACUAUGUUUUUGUUUAAUAGAGAACGCAAGUCUGGACUGUUAGUGACCAUCCUUUUCCUGACGGCGUCAACUUUUGGAGGCUGUGAAGUCAGUAAUCCCGAGGACUUCGAUGACCUCAACGAAGGCGGUCCUUGGAUGGCUGACCCCGAAAGUUUUUGGGAAGCGAUGGAUGCCUUUCUAGAUCUCCAUAAACAGAUGUCAGACGGAAGCGCCGGCGACGCGUUUCGGCUCCGACGGCAGGAACGCGACGAGAACGAAGACGUCUACGGAGACAACUUCGAAGACAACGACGAAGAUGGCUACGGAGACAACUUCGAAGUCAACGACGAAGAUGGCUACGGAGACAACUUCGAAGACAACGACGAAGAUGGCUACGGAGACAACUUCGAAGACAACGACGAAGAUGGCUACGGAGACAACUUCGAAGUCAACGACGAAGAUGUCUACGGAGACAACUUCGAAGACGACUUCGAAGACGACUUCGAAGACGACGACGAAACACCCAGGGCGGGGAGGAGGAUGAAAGCCUCUUCCAGUUCCUUCACACGCCCACCGGAGAGUCGCCGGGGUGGGACAAUGUGGUUGAUCUCGUGCAGUUUGCUGUGGAUAUUCACGAAGCUGUUUCUCGCAUUGCAGAACGAGGAGACUAUGGCACUUCCGGUGAAUCGGGAGACGACCACCGACAGGAAUUUUCUUACUCGUGGGACCGUCGAGGAAAAGAGAAGGACGGAGCUACACAUUCCCCCCAGGAAGAGGAACUUGACGGAGGACCUCGUACAGAGUCUUCCCCUCUUGAAGGAACCGAAGGAAGUAAGCACCCCUGACCUGCAGGCGAACUUCGGAAGAGAAGGAGGAGGAGCAAGCAAGAGAAUCGAAGGAGAGGGUGGAAUCGGAGAGGAAAGGGAAGGACGAGUGGAAGGGAGGGAGGGCGAGAACGAGAGCGAGAACGAGAGCGAGAACGAGAGCGAGAGCGAGAGCGACCUCCCCCACGACAGGUUUCCCCGAAGCGAAGCGGAUAAAGGCAAGAAAAGCGAGAAAGGGAAAUACUGGAGACACAAACCCUUUAAAAGUAGCUUUUCUUCGUUCUUCCCCCUCUUUCAGUUUGACUUGCCUUUCAGCAAUUUCAGGCUCUUGUCUCUGCAAGACCCCUUGCCCCUGCCAGAGGAAUAGGGAUGGAAUUGGAACCAUGCUCGCUCUCUCUCUCUCUCUCUCUCUCUCUCUCUCUCUCUCUCUCUCUUCUCU